UCAGACCAAUCUCCUGGUUGUGCCUUCCCUACCGUCGCCAUGUUUAUCCUAACCACCAUAUCGGACUUGAUUCAGAUUUCGCCUGAGGAUUUCUCAAAGUUCAGUGCAGUUGCACUUGAAGACAACAUCAAUGCCAAAUAUGCCAAUAAAGUCAUUCAAAAAAUCGGCCUUUGCAUUAGCUUCUAUGACCUACUUGAGUCUUCCGAUGGUCUGAUUGGCCAUGGGACCGGGUUGGUGAAUGUCAACGUCAAAUUCCGCAUGAUUGUUUUCCGACCCUUCAAAGGAGAGAUCAUGUUGGGAAAGAUUUCCAGUGGCACAGAACAUGGAAUCAAAAUUGGCCUUGAAUUCUUCAACGACAUUCUGAUCCCGCCACAAAUGCUUAUGGAGAAGUCCCGAUUUGACUAUGCCGAGCAGGUAUGGAUCUGGGAAAGUGAAGGUGGAACAGAAUUCUUCUUCGAUGUAGGAGAAGUUGUACGAUUCCGAGUCGAAUCAGAAGAGUGGCAUGACCAAAUUCCCAAUGCCCCAGAUGUUGCGGAUGAAAUCCCACAGGAUAGACGCCCUCCAUAUUCCAUUCUUGUUGGUCUUCUCCAUAUCCAUUUUCUAGCUCUCACUGACCAUCUUCUAGGGCUCGAUGCAAAUGGGUGGAACGGGACCCAUCACUUGGUGGUAGGCUGCUGCUGCUACCAUUUGAUUACUCCAUACGCCAAUGAGAUCUGCAAUGCGGCAGGUGCCGAGGACUCCGGCUCUCCGAGUCAUCGGAGAGUCCAAAUGAUUCUCCGAGCAGAAUUGCCGGUCGCCGGUGGAGCUCCGCCGGUCUCUCGUCCAGUCGCAGCCGCGCGAUCCAUCGUCAUCUGCGCCCCAGAGGUUGAUUGUAUGUAA